GGCGGCGCUCGCUUCAGACGCUGUAUAUCUCUUUCGUUUUUCCAGCCACGGAAAUCGGUGAACCGAUCUUUCUAUAGUUCGGAGAUUGGUCGCGUUUAUCUGUACUUUUUACCGCGGAUGGACGUGAACCCAGUCACAAUUUAGCCUAGACAAAACAAGAAACUUUGCGGAGUGAAUCUAUUGGGACUGCUGCUGUGCAUUCGGACCACCAAGAGGAUCCUUCCUCUGCGCGAUAUUUUCCUCCUAUUUGGAGAGGAAGGGUGUUCGUUUUCGAAGUGAAAUCUCAACAGUUGGUUUCCAUUUGGGACUCAUAACGCGUUGGUCUAGUUUGUCACACACUUCACGUCAAGUUACCGAUAUCUAAAACAAAAGGGAAAUCUACAAAGUACCACGAUCAAGCCCGUCUCUGUGCAAUGCCACAGUUGUCACAUCGGAGCCCAGAUGAGGAAAAAACAAAACCGUAGGCUAUAGUUUGCACUUCUACAGCACGCAUAUUUGCGCCGAUCACAUAGUGGUAAAUCCCAUCUCACUGAUUUCUUUCCCCAUCUCAAAGCUCUGACAGAAGCGGAAGAAGACUGAGAUACGGGAUAGUGGAUUUACCCGCUAGUGCAGUGUGAUUGUGUGUGUUGGUGAUCUGAGAGGAGCGCUCACUUAGACCAUCUCCCGCCGUCUGGUUGUCAUGUAGGCUACCUAACCGCCUGACUGCCCUCAGCAUCCGGUUUUGUGGAACAGAAGAAGUGGCCAACGGAACAUGACUCCACUGUUUCCUUGGUAGAUACUAUGCACUUCCGGGUCCAGACGCUCGUCCACUGAUGUUCAUCUCCCACACCUGGCAGAGAGACCACCACUCAAUACUACUACAAUACCCACAUUUCCUGUCUGCACAAAGUAAGGACUUAGCUGUUGAAGCCCUUAGGUGACUUGGACUUCCUUGUUGUACUAUUGAACUAUUUCGGCACUACGAGCCAGUUCUUAGUUUACAAUUGUCACGCACAGUGAUAUUAGAGAGACAGUAGGCGAGUAAAGAGGAAAACAAUCCAACAACGACAAAAUGGCCAACAACACGGCGGACCACCCUCCCGGGAACUCUGUUGCCGAUGGCAACCAGGAGGGGGACUUUGGCAUCACGGUGAUGGACCUCCGAGAGCUGAUGGAGCUGAGGAGUGGAGAGGCCGUCACCAAGAUAGCCGACUCCUACGGAGACGUGCAGGGGGUCUGCCGCAGGCUCAAGACAUCGCCCAUCGAGGGUCUGUCUGGUAACCCAGUGGAUCUGGAGAAGCGCCACGCGGCAUUUGGGAAGAACUUCAUCCCUCCUAAAAAGCCUAAGUCCUUCCUGGCGCUGGUAUGGGAGGCCCUACAGGAUGUUACUCUCAUCAUCCUGGAGAUUGCUGCCGUAAUCUCCCUGGGCCUGUCCUUCUACCACCCCCCUGGGGGAGAUAGCGAGCUGUGUGGUGAGACAGCGUCAGGAGUGGAGGAUGAGGGGGAGGCGCAGGCGGGCUGGAUCGAGGGCGCCGCCAUCUUGUUCUCUGUGGCAAUUGUUGUCUUGGUGACAGCGUUUAACGACUGGAGCAAGGAGAAGCAGUUCCGUGGGUUGCAGAACCGCAUCGAGCAGGAGCAAAAGUUCACCGUCAUUCGCAAGGGCCAGGUCAUCCAGAUCCCCGUGUCCGAACUGGUGACAGGAGACAUCGCCCAGAUCAAAUAUGGUGACCUGCUGCCAGCUGAUGGUAUCCUGAUCCAGGGCAACGACCUGAAGAUCGAUGAGAGCUCUCUGACUGGCGAAUCAGACCAAGUCAGGAAGUCCCUGGAGAAGGACCCCAUGCUGCUGUCCGGCACCCAUGUGAUGGAGGGAUCAGGCCGAAUGGUGGUGUCUGCGGUGGGUCUCAACUCCCAGACUGGAAUCAUCUUCACUCUGCUGGGGGCGGGAGACAGCGAUGAGGAAAAGAAGAUCAAGAAAGGUAAAAAACAAGGACCCCCCGAAAAUCGCAACAAAGCUAAGACCCAGGACGGCAUUGCCCUGGAGAUCCAGCCCCUGAAGAGUGACGAGGCGGUUGAGUCUGAGGAGAAGGAGCCUGAGGUGGAGGUGAAACGGGUGAAGAAGGUUCAGGUCAACAAGAAGGAGAAGUCUGUGCUGCAGGGCAAACUCACCAAACUGGCCGUGCAGAUCGGGAAGGCAGGUCUGAUCAUGUCAGCUGUGACUGUGAUCAUUCUCAUCCUGUACUUCGUGAUUGACACGUUCGGGGUGCAGGGUCGCCCAUGGCUGAAGGAGUGCACCCCCAUCUAUAUCCAGUACUUUGUCAAGUUCUUCAUCAUCGGAGUCACUGUUCUGGUGGUGGCUGUGCCUGAGGGGCUGCCUCUAGCUGUCACCAUCUCUUUGGCCUACUCUGUCAAGAAAAUGAUGAAGGACAAUAACCUGGUUCGUCACCUGGAUGCAUGCGAGACCAUGGGGAACGCUACCACCAUCUGCUCUGACAAGACAGGCACCCUCACCAUGAACCGUAUGACCGUGGUGCAGGCCUACUUGGGAGACACACACUACAAGAAAGUACCGGAACCUGACGUCAUCAAACCAUUCACUCUGGAAGUCAUGGUCAACAGCAUCGCCAUCAACUCAGCCUAUACUACUAAGAUUCUGUCCCCAGAGAAGGAGGGAGGCCUGCCCCGCCACGUCGGCAACAAGACAGAGUGCUCCCUAUUGGGCUUCGUGCUGGAGCUGAAGAGAGACUACCAGCCAAUCAGGGACGAGAUUCCCGAAGAGAGUCUGUACAAGGUGUACACCUUCAACUCGUCCCGUAAGAGCAUGAGCACGGUGCUGAAGAACACAGACGGUAGUGGCUUCCGCAUGUACAGCAAGGGAGCCUCCGAGAUCGUCCUACGCAAAUGUUCUCAUAUCCUGAACACGAACGGGGAGCCACGUAUCUUCAAGCCUAAGGACCGUGAUGAGAUGGUGAAGAACGUGAUUGAGCCCAUGGCCUGUGACGGUCUGAGGACAAUCUGUGUGGCCUACAGGGACUUCCCUGCCGAUGCAGGAGAACCAGACUGGGACAACGAGGGCGACAUCCUUGAUGAGCUCACCUGCAUCUGUGUGGUCGGCAUCGAGGAUCCCGUCAGACACGAGGUACCUAAUGCCAUCCUCAAGUGCCAGAAGGCCGGCAUCACCGUGCGCAUGGUUACCGGGGACAACAUCAACACUGCCCGCGCCAUAGCAACCAAGUGUGGCAUCCUGUUGCCGGGUGAAGACUUCCUGUGUCUGGAGGGCAAAGAGUUCAACCAGCUGAUCCGUAACGACCAGGGAGAGGUGGAGCAAGAGCGUCUGGAUAAGGUGUGGCCCAAGCUGCGUGUGCUGGCUCGCUCCUCUCCCACUGACAAACACACUCUGGUCAAAGGUAUCAUGGACAGCACCGUCCUCGAGACACGACAGGUGGUGGCUGUGACAGGCGACGGAACUAACGAUGGCCCCGCCCUAAAGAAGGCCGAUGUCGGAUUCGCUAUGGGUAUUGCCGGUACAGAUGUGGCUAAGGAAGCAUCUGACAUCAUUCUGACUGACGAUAACUUCACCAGCAUCGUCAAGGCUGUGAUGUGGGGCCGCAACGUCUACGACAGCAUCUCCAAGUUCCUCCAGUUCCAGCUCACUGUCAACGUGGUGGCCGUCAUCGUGGCCUUCACUGGCGCCUGCAUCACACAGGACUCUCCUCUGAAAGCAGUGCAGAUGUUGUGGGUUAACCUGAUCAUGGACACCCUGGCAUCCCUGGCUCUGGCCACUGAGCCCCCCACCGAGUCCCUGUUGCUGAGGAAGCCGUAUGGCCGCAACAAGCCCCUGAUCUCCCGCACCAUGAUGAAGAAUAUCCUGGGUCAUGCUGUCUACCAGCUCACCAUCAUCUUCACCCUGCUGUUCGCUGGAGAGAACUUCUUUAAUAUUGACAGCGGGCGUAACGCGCCUCUUCACUCACCACCGUCGGAGCACUACACCAUCGUGUUCAACGUGUUCGUCAUGAUGCAGCUGUUCAACGAGAUCAACGCCAGGAAGAUCCACGGAGAGAGGAACGUCUUCGAGGCCAUCUACCGUAACCCCAUCUUCUGUAGCGUGGUUAUGGGAACCUUCAUCCUGCAGAUUGUCAUUGUCCAGUUUGGAGGAAAGCCCUUUUCCUGCACAGCUCUGAGCAUUGACCAGUGGCUCUGGUGUGUCUUCAUUGGAGUGGGAGAGCUGCUCUGGGGACAGCUGAUCACAGCCAUCCCCACCCACCGCCUGAAGUUCCUGAAGGAGGCUGGCCACGGCACCCAUAAGGAGGAUGUUCCCGAAAACGAAAUGAACGAGGGGGAUGACGAGAUUGACCACGCUGAGAUGGAGCUCCGUAGGGGACAGGUCCUCUGGUUCAGGGGACUCAACCGCAUCCAGACUCAGAUGGACGUGGUCUAUACGUUCCAGACGGGUCAGGCUCCGGUCCCGGGGGCAUUGAGACGCCAGCCCUCUGUGGUCAGCCAGCACAACGACGCCAAAACUGUCUCUAGCCCCACCCACAUUAAGGUGGUCAAUGCGUUCCGUAGCUCCCUUUACCCGGGGCUAGAGAACCCAGAAUCCAGAAACUCCAUCCAUAACUUCAUGGCCCACCCUGAGUUUGUCCCCCUGUCUGAGGAGGAGGCGCAGAUCCCUGAGAGAGAGGAGUCCAGCAGUGAUGAGGUGGAUAUGGAGAUCGAGCCCAUCCCCAGCUCCUCGACUGGGGGGGGGAAAGCUCCAGACGUCAGCCACGAGACCACCUGCUGAUCACCUCCUCUCUUCUCCUCCGCUCUGAUCUAUCCAUCCACCCGUCGGCCAGCUGGCUCCCCCCCCUGCAGUUCCUCUCCUCCACCAUGAGAAGGACCAGCGGUGCGCCCCUCAGAUCCUUAGACUCAUCCCACAGAGGGUGCACCCAGAGUGGGCAAGGGGUCCCGGUCCCAGCGCCUCCCCUCUCUUCACCUCUUCCCUCCACUUCCUGAACCCUACACCCACCUCUCACCUGACCACCCCCACCUUGCCAUUCUCAUCGGCUUGCACUGACUGUGUCGCGUGUGCCCUUUAAGUCUGUGCAGAAGAGUGACAUGCAGAGCAUCCAAUCACAUUGUGCCCCUAACUCAUGGGUGGGAAGGACCAUUUGGGGUCCACCAAUCUGCUCCGUCGAAGGCCGUAGCCUGUCCUUCUGUCCAUCUUUGGGGUUUUAUAUCAUUUUUUUUUUUUUAACAGAGUAGCCUAGAACUGAAACGCAACAUGUUUAUCCUUCUGUACUAGCUUAUAUUCUGCAUACACUAACUGGCACAGAACUUUAAGAAUAUACCCAUGUGUACAUUAAUAUUGUAUGUACAUACAUGUAACUGCCAAAAUAAAGAAGACACUUAAGUGAGGGAUACAAAGUAUAUUGAAAGCGGGUGCUUCCACACAGAUGUGGUUCCUGAGCUAAUUAAGCCAUUAACAUCCUGUCAUGUAUACAAAUACCCAGUUGCCCAUUAUUUUGGCUUCCAUGGUUAGAAGAAGAGGCCUCAAAGGAGCAUAAGGGGGUUUAAAGUGUGUGUACGUGUCUCAGUCCCUCGAUCUCAACCCAACUGAACGCUUAUGGGAGAUUCUUGAGCUGCGCCUGAGACAGCAUUUUCCACCACCAUCAACGAAACACCAAAUUCUGGAAUUUCUCGUGGAGGAAUGCUGUCACAUCCCUCCAAUAGAGUUCAAGACACUUGUAGAAUCUAUGCCAAGUCGCAAUGUAAGCUGUUGUGGCAGCUCGUGGUGGCCCAACGCCCUAUUUAAGACACUUUUGGUGUUUCCUUUAUUUUGGCAGUUAACUGUAUAUAUGCUUUAUAGGCUCAAAGCUCCAAGCUGAUUGGAUGAUCAGAUGUACAUGGCCCAUGUGAUUAACAGCUUUCAGCUACUAAGUUUCUCUUCUCUAUUUGUCAAUCUGUGUUUUAAUUGUACAGCAUGUAUGCAUUUGAUCUGUUUUGAAGCAGGAUGUACUAAUGGGUUACUCAGUUCAAUGCAGGAAACCAUGUCUUCAUUGAUUCUGACACACUACAGCGUUUCAACGAUAUAGGUUCAAUCAUCUAAACAUCUCUCACAUCUCUCAUGUCCAUUUGACAUGACUCCAUUAUGAUUUAUCCUGUUUUUGUUGAAGGACAGUGUAAAGAAUGCGUAAAGAUAUUUUAACAGAAAAGUGAAUUCUCUUAAAACAACAUAUUCAAAGUAAAGCUUGCAGCAGGCUAGAGCCAGAGGGCACCCCCUCUCCGUGGAGCAGGGUCAUGGCAAGACGAUGUGGAGGUAUCUCCCUCAUCCGAUGACCUCAUCCUUAUCUCAUCCAAUCAGGGUUCUGGUUUUCCCCAGCCCCUUGAGAGUAAGUUGACAGCUCAUGAAACUGCCAAUAAUGGAGUACGAUUAAGAACGUCAGAGUGAAGUGAAUGAUAGUUCACCCCCAUCGCUCGUAUGCAUGACGUAUAUUAUCCGUGUUUCAUCUGUGUUGAGUGGAAUGGGAGUUUAGAGAUGGGUUAUGGGAAACAUUAUUUGGGGUGGGGUUUGGACGUACGUAUUCCUGUGGACAGAAAUGGGUCAUUGUUUUUGCUUUAGUCUGUCACAACAACAAAAAAUCCACCAAAAAAAUGAAAAAGUCCACACAAGUUCAUUCUCUGUACCUUAGCAAGACAAAUCUAGUCCUCGUUUUACACUGUCGACGAAGGGGCGUUGGGCUUGUUCCUGUUAGCUCCGGUGUGAGUGUGUUGUGUGUUGUUAUCGAGCAUCACUGUGUUGGCUGCAGAGUGACACAGGGGACUAUCGAUCUCUCCCAUCAUGCCUCUGGGAGAGCCAACCGUGAGCGGCCCAGAUAUAAAUCCAAUAUCUCCCCCUCCCUCCUCACCCGGGCACCGCUCCCUCCCACCCUCCCUCCUCCGGGCUGCUAGGAUAGGGACACAGCACAUCCCCACAUGUCAACCAACCACAGAUAAUGGUGUAACAAUAAGAGGAAUACUCUUAACAAGAAGAAGAAGAAGAAAAAUAGACUCAACCAGAGAUGUGUAUGAGAGCUCCUGUAUUCAGUAGUGUAUGUUGUCGUCAGAGGUGUCAUGCCCGUAGGGGGCACAGGGGCACGUGCUCCCUCAGAUUUGUCAUGUUUAAAAUGUCUUUUUUGCGGGCCUUUUUUUCUCUCUCUGUAAUACUACUAGACACUUAGCAAUUUUAUAUAACUAGCUACCAAGAAACCAUUUCAGGCUAUCAAUACAGUUAGAGUAGCUAGCUUGUCGUCCUCUUAGCUGGCAUGCCCGCUGGCAAGGUUGGUAGACUUCAGAAAAGCAAGCAAUAACUAAAUGUACUGAAUAAGACUCACAUUCCUUUCAAUAUUGUACCAGAGAUGCAGAGAAGUAUUGUUUGUUUGUUUGUUUUUUUAAGAACCACCAGUCAGAAGGAUACAGACAGCUCAAUUGGUAUGAUUAAAUAUUCAGAAAAAUAUACAUUUUUUUACAUAGAAUUAAGUGUAAUGAUUAUGGCUCUAGAUUACAGGACAAAAAGCUGCUUCAGAUGUUUGAAAAAUGCUAAAUUCUCCAAUUUAUGGUCGGUGGGCUUACCACCCCUCCGGACCACCCCCCUAGCCAUCCUCACGUACUUUGUGCCCCCUAAGAUUUUUUUGGGGUGCAUGAUUCCCCUGGUCAUUGUUGUAUAUGGUAGAGAGAGUGUUAACUUGGGCUGACCCCCUUUUCCGCCUCCGGCCACCAACUCUGUGACAGAGAUUGUGACGCCCUCGACAGGACGUGUGCUAUCGAUUACCAGUAAUGUACUACUGCCAUAUUUUCAACCUUUAUUUUCAUAUCUAGGUUGCUUACUUCGAUAGAACCCUCUGGUGAUGCGCCUUUUCUACUUACUCAGAGCCAUAUUUUCUAGGUUGUCGUUGUUGUUUUGUAUCCCAUCGUUGUUGAAGUUUCCUUUCUAUUCCCCCUGACCAACAAACAAAAAAACCAGGACAAAAUAAUGUGUCACUGCCGAUACAGUAUAUAAGUCAUGGACCACUACGAUGUUUACAGAACAUGGUCAGCCUGAUGCAGUAAGCCUGCUCGCGCUGCACUUCACUCCAGACCGGCUAGUCUCCUUCAUUCCCUUGCUUUCGUGAGUCUUAGUACAUAGUUAUGGGGAAGCUUUCUUGCAUGAUUUUCAUAGAAACUCAAUGUUUUUUGUUCAUUUUUUUACAAUUCUUCUUCUGUAUUUUUAUAUUAAGUACUUUUUUGGAAAUAUAUAAAUAUGUAUAGGCUGAAGAGUUUUGAUGACAGUACAGACCAUGAAUAAGAUCAAUCGACAGUGUAACAUGUUUUUGCCGUUCUAUAUACAGUAUAUUUAUGCCACAUUUGUAAACCAUGCUUGGUCGUCUGAUGCUGGGGCUAACUAAAUUAAAAUAAAUUGUUUACUCACUGUAGGUCAUGUGAUUGGACAUACUCUUUCAGCAAUCUAGUCUUACCGCCCCUUUCCCUUUCACUAUAUACAGUCUUAAAGAGAGUAUCUUAAAUUCUGCUAUUUCUUUCAAUAGCUUAAAGGGAUAGUCCGGGAUUUUGGCAAUGAGACCCUUUUAUCUACAGUACUUGCCCAGAGUCCGAUGAACUUGUGGACACUGUUUUUUAUGUAUCUGCGUCCAGUAUGAAAGAAAUUAGAGGUAGUUUCGGGGGAUAAUGCUAAAUAAAUUGUGCUAACACUAGUUAGCAACUUCCUUCAAACUGCACACCGAUACAUAAAAAUGGUAUCCACGAGUUCAUCUGACUCUGGGGAAGUAAAUAAAGGGCCUCAUUGUCAAAAUCCCGAACUUAUCCCUUUAAAUCAAAUGUGGUCCAAUGAAAGUGAGUGAAAUCGAACAUGGUAGUAUACAGAACAUUGAAGAUUUGCUAAAUUAAUUGGGGGGGUAUAUAUAUAUUUUUUUUUUUUUUAAUCUCUAUAUAAAUGUAUUUGUUAAUUUUUUUAUGUUCUUUCAGACUAAUAUGACUGCGAGUUUAACUUAUUUUGUGAGAGGAUCGGUGCUCUCGGAUGCCUGUGUAGUGACGUUAGUCGACUUGUCAAAGAGGGCAUGGAUUUCAUCCAAAUUCAGCAUUACCCUUUUAAUUCUAAUGGCUUAGAACACUGUUUAUGGGAAGAGAGUAGAGCUGUUAAACUGGUAGUGACAUCACUUCCUCUUCCUGUUUUUGUCCAUAAACAGAAAACUAGAUGCCUUUGAUUUGGUGUCCGUUCGACCAUUAGACAGUCUCAUUUUGGGGACACAUUUUCAAUUGGAAUCCUUUCUUUUCUUCUGACUUACUCUAUUUGGUAUGUGUAAAUAUUGUCAUAGGAUGAUGUUGAACUUAACUUAUAACUCUUGGUAAUGAACAGGGGGCAACCAGUCGGGGAUCACCGAGCAUAGCUUUAAGAAUGUUCUGCCAAAGUCUUGCUUUGUACAAUCGUUGCUUUUUUGUCCUUUAUUUUUGCACAGAUUGUUUUAAACGAUUAUUGUCAGGUGAAUGUGUUUUCCUUGUUUUCCAUCUUCCCAAAAUAGCAAAUGUUUUUGCAUGUAAACGUGGACAGAGAAUACAAAGAGCUUGAAGCGUCACUAAGAUUGUCCCUCUUCUAUUGCCAUGGCCUUGGUUGUGCUGUUGUGAUCUCUUACUGGUUUCCCUCCCAUUCCAUCCCACAGGUGAACAUGUACUCCAUCCUCUAGAAACACCCCAAUGUUUUUGUAUGUUGUUUUGUUCUUGUUUAUUUGUACCUUGGCACAACUGUACAACAGAAGCAGACCAACAGGUCUGCAUGUCUGAGGUGGAGGGAGAACUAAAGAACGGCUAGACUGACCUGAUAAAGCCGAUGUUUGGUUUCUCUGAUGGAUAAGCCCACCGUGGCUUCUGACCAAUCUGUAAGAUCUGUUCCUUCUCAUUGCACAGGUUUCAAUAAUGACUCAUGUAUGACAAAAUGAAAUUGCUAAGGCAUUGUGCAAUACCUGUCAACUGUAAUGGACUGCAUUGCUUCUCUAAAGCUUCUCUUUCUUAGACAGCUUUUUAUUUCUUUCGAUUUGGGGGAUUUCUUUGGGGAAGCUUCUCCGCAGUUGUAAAUAAUAAAACAAACAAAAAAAGGUUUGAAAACUGGAAUAUCACAGUUUAAAGUCAUAACCCCUUAUUUUACGUAGGACGAUAUUUACCCGAACCAGUUCUUGUGUUUUAAUACAUUUUCAAUUGUAUCUAAUUGAGAAAAGACCGAAAAAUAACUUUCUGUCAUUGAUAUGAUGCACAGUAAUAGACACUGGUGUUAUUUUUGUAUAAACAUAAUACCAUCUAUGUGGCAUGCAUGACGUAUAAACAAUUUUGUGGUUUAAAGCAAUAUGUCCGACCUGGUUGAUUGGUACUUUCGUGUUCUGUGUAGCUUAAACCACACUGUACUAAAAGAGGGUGUUUAAUAUGUGUUCAAUGUUCUGCAUGGUUAAGUAUGGAAUGAGACACCCCAAACGUUGACUUGCUUUCAAAACAAAACUUGCACGUACAAACUCGUACACAUUUUGACUCCGUUUCUGUCCCCCGUGAAACAUACACUGAGAGGAUGCUGCCUUGAAGAUAUGGAAUGGGUGGAUGUGUGAGUGAAUGGGACUUAAAUUCAGUUGCACAAAGAUCUGUUCAAUGGAGGGUUUUAUCUGCAGGUAGCAAGUCCCUGUUGGGUGCUUCAUCACUAGUGUUGAAUGAUUCCUACUUGGUUAUUAGCUAAGGUACUUCUUGACUGUAUCCUGUGUCUGUUCAUUCCCAGUGUGUCUCACAGCAGCCAUGUAGUCGACCAUCCUACUUUACCCCAUCUCACCACAGAGGCCUGACGUGAUAACCAACAAAAACGCCAUACACACAACACUGCUGUUUAUCAUGCAUAACGCAAUAAUAGUUUUGCAGUUGAUAUUCGUUUUAUUUAUCCAUGAGAGGAGUCAUUACUUUGAGGUUUUAUUGGCAUUUUAGAACAUUCCUAAAUCAGUAUCCCCAUGCUGAAUCUAUUUCACCACCAAAUGAGAAGUCAUUAUGAUACCACGCUGUUCAUUGUUUAUUCCAUCAUCCAGCCACAGCCACGGAGAAUCACUCACUACCAAGGUAGGCAUUUGCUCAUCAACUCAUUUCACACCUAUCACAUGAAUCGAUUUUCUCAUUGCCCUCCCUCAACUCUCCAACUCUCCUCUCGCAUUCCGUCUCCCUCCAUCCAAGGACAGCGCUCAUCUGUCAGUGCCAAACAGCAGUCAACCUCUCUUCUAGCUGCAGCAUCUAGAUGCCUGAGAUUCUUCACUGGUUUAUUCAACAGUUCUAUCCAUUAUGGUAGUUUCUUUUUAGUUGACGAUUUGUGGCUCGUACACAAAUCGACCACCACAGUUUGUCUUUCUCCUUUUCAAUAUUUCGCUAGUUGUGUUUUCCUAGAAAGGCUGUUGCUCUGUCGGUGAGACCUGUGUGUUUGUCUCUGUGUGUCUUGGGGCCCCAGCUUUCCAUGUUGAUAGUCCUGCACCAUCUGCCCAGACUCGCUUAGAUUGCCAGGGCUCAGGUGUGUGUCUGUGUGUCUGUGUGUCUGUGUGUGUGUGCGUGCAGUCACCAAGGGCUAUGGGGCAGAGCAGAGAUGUUUGAGGCAAUACGUCUCUUGUCUAGUUAAAAAAACAUGGCCAACUUGCACCAGAGAAGAAUUCGAUCUCGGUAACAAAUGAAUGGUAUUCCGCUUGAGCUGCUGGUCCAGAGGAGUAAGACAUAAGAGAGAGAAGGAGAGCUUCUCCUCUGUUCUUCCUCUGAGUCGGUGUCGUUUACAUCACCAGCUACUGUGACCAUCACAGCUGUGCCUCGUCUUGAACACCGCUUUCAACUGGUGUCUCUCUUCAUAGCUAUGCUGUUGAAACCAGACAGUUCCAUAGACCGAGAGAUAUUCUGAAUAUUUCUGUUCCCAAGGAGACCUGUCCGAGAAGGCGGCUGAUUGGUUGAUCUGAGCAUGUUGGAGUGACCGCGUUCCAUCACUCAUUCUGGUUGGCUUGGUGUGAACAUAAUUGUUCAACCAUUUCAAAGAGCACUGUCUUGUUUUGUUAUCUUGAACUGUGUUAACACUGACAGCUUUUGAAAUGUGUUUUGCUAAUUUCUCUCGCACUUUGGAUGAGCCGUUGUUUCAUCACCCUGGCCUGUGCUGACGUUAAUGCAAUCAUGACUAAUUCUGACAGGCACUCGGCAUGGAUUGGCGUUAAAGUGAAAUGCGUUUUGGCUUCAUGGUCAUGUUCCCACAGCGCUGAGAUACUGAAACAGUCAGGCAUGUUGUUUUUGAUUGACGCAGGAGAAACAACCGCAGCAUCAAAGAUAAGGGAGGAAUUCAAUUGGCUGAAAUUGUUCAUUACAUACGUUGCUGUGUGUGUGUGUGUGUGUGUGUGUGUGUGUGUGUGUGUGUGUGUGUGUGUGUGUGUGUGUGUGUGUGUGUGUGUGUGUGUGUGUGUGUGUGUGUGUGUGUGUGUGUGUGUGUGUGUGUGUGUGUGUGUGCGCAUAAUAAUGAGUGUGUGAGGGUUUGUAUUGAAACUCAUUUUCUGUGGGUACAGUAACGGUCUGUAAAUGUUCUUGGAGGCCCUUUUAAGCAGCACUUUUCCUCAGUGUGUGUCUCACCUGACAAACAUACAGACACAACAACACACAUUCGCUGUACUCUCCAUAUCCCCCUUUUGUAAAUAAGAUUCAUUAUCAUUCUAAAAUGUCACCCAUGUUUGCUUCAAACUAUGCAACAAUAUUCUACAAUUAUAAUACUGUUGUUUAGUUAUUUUCCCAGUUCUUCUCUUAAAGGCCCAGUGCAGUCAAACGUGAUUUUCUUGUGUUUUAUAUAUAUUUCCACACUAUGAGGUUGAAAUAAUAGGGGGGAGUGGGGUAAGUUGAGCCUAUGUGGUAAUUUGAGCAACCCUUGUGUUAAGGAAAUCAUACAAAUAAAAUAAAUUGUAUAAUUUGACUAAAUAUUUAAGAAAGUCAUUUCGUGGAGUCUGAAGGUAGAAACCAUAUGGAAAAAGUGGUAAGCCAGUUCGAUUUUUUUUUUAAACAACAGAUUUUAGCCAAAUCAAAUUAAUUAAUUGUGUCAGAGCAGCGUUUCCCAAACUAGGAGUCUUUUAAAAAUGGGGUCGCGAGAGAAACUCUGACAAUAAUCAAAACAUUAGGUCCGUAGCCUCCGGUAGCCGCUACAAGUGGUUGUAAAAAAAAGAGCCAUUUCUGUUUUCUUCCUAAUGUGUGUCUCUUUCUAACGGUUUAGAAAGACUAUUUUGUUUCCCUCUACAAUGCCCACAAUGACUCAAUAGAACAGAGUGGACAAGACCAGGCAAUAAGUCAGGCUGUUAGAAAAAGAAAAUCAUCAACAAUACAUUAUUUUCUACACAGAAGAUCAUACAAAAUUAUUGCCUGAGGAUCUGAACUUCCCAAUACCUUUCUGAUGCAUUUUAGUCACUUCAACCCAUAUUUCCAGCAGAAUUAAAUACUUUCAAAAAUACUUUCAGACUGAUUUGUAAUAGACUGUCAUAGCCAAAUUACAAAGUUUACAUUGUCAAUUAAUUACAUUAUUGUCUUUAUAUGGUGGGGUCGCGAUUCAUUUAAAAUAUUUAAAAUGGGGUCGCGGGACAAAACAGUUUGGAAACCCUUUUGUGUAGAGGUUUCAUGAUGCUUGUAUCUAAACCAAAGUAGAUCAUUUUAAGAUGUUUUAUACAUCAGUAUCUAAAAGCUACAAUAUGAGGUCCUAAAUCAAGCAUGAAAGUGCAUCCUUGUAGCUGUGUGGGCUAAUAUAGUCCAAAUGUGUUUGCCUUGGGGCAAGAUGAGCAAAUUGAAGUGUUUAAAAAGGCACAAUGUUUUUCUGAGUUAUUAAAGCCUUUGUUUAAAGAUGCUUCAAAAUGACUAAAAGACAAAAAUGCGAUUUGUGAUUGUGUUGAGUUGUAUUUGGGAAACAAAAGAUAGGCAUGGUUUUAGAAAGGUAUGGAUAAUAUUUAAUUUAGUACAGAUAAUUGUAUGAGUUUUAACUUAUCCCAUACCCUGGAUAAAUUGUGCUAAGAGACCACUUUUUUGGGACAAACUAUGUUUUAAAAACUAAUGUUUACAGUACAUUAAUUCUGACUAUUUCCAGGAAUACACAACAUCCUGAAAUACAUGUAGAUAUCUUUGUUAGAAAGAAUACUAUUUCCUUGACAGAGUGAUACUGAAUAUAAAAAAUGGCUCAAUUUACCCGACUCCCCUACUGUGAAAUUGUGAAAAUGAUGAUAAUGACUGUUUAGGGUAAGAGCUGUUGAAAAGACCACCUGAAAUCUUAGGCUGUUUUGGUGGGAUGGAGUUUAGGCCUGCCUGGUGAUAUCACCAGUAAAUGAGUUAAUAGACAAAUGACAGCUAGUUUUCAGUUUUCCCCUCCUCACUCAAACCACUCCCAGACAUUCCUAGCAAAAUUGCUCUUUGCUAAGAAGGUAUUUGUACUUUUUUUUUUGACCAUUUCAAUUGAAAACAAUCCCCGUAAGGUACUUAACUGUUACUCUGAAAUGAUUUGCUAUUGAGAUAAAAACACCUGCAUUGGACCUUCUAACGCUCUCCUCCUUUCUCCCUCUCGCUCCUUUCUUUUUGUCUGUGUGCUUGUUUAUGUCUCAAUGGAUGCAGUUGUUUCCCAUAUUUCAAUUCUUUAUACUAAAAGAAAAGCCGGUGUAUUAUGUAUGUGUGUGCACGAUGUGCACGCACCCUGAAUUUUUCUUUACUCUUUUGUAAUAUAUGAUCAUGUGGAAUGCCUUGGUCUUUAUGUCCUGUUGUUUUGAAUUUAACAGAACAAAAAAAAUGAUAAUCAAGCAAUUGAGGUGAAAGUUAUUAUAAAUAUAUAUAUAUAUAAACAAAUCUAUAUACAUAAAAUAAAGCCAUUGGAAUUUGAAAUACA